AAGUCAAGUUCCAGAGCAACAAAGUCCAGAGCAACCUCCAGAGCAACAAAGCCCAGAGCAACAAAGCCCAGAGCAACCUCCCGGACAGUAAAGCCCAGAGCUACCGCCAGAGCAACAAAGCCCAGAGCUACCGCCAGAGCAACAAAGCCCAGAGCAGCCCCCAAAGUAACAAAGAGAGAUCUAGAGGACAAGAUUUCCCGGCUUGAGACGAUACUAAUGGAAUUGUCUGCCAGCGUGAACGCAAAACAGGCAGCGGAGGCAAAACCGAAGCCAGCAGAAGUACAAAGCCGAAGCCAGCAGAGGUGGCACCGAAGCCCAAGUCGCUUCCCAAGGUGUCCAAGCCGGCAGAGGCAAAGCCGAAGCCAGCACCAAAGCCCGCAACAAAGAAGGCAGAUCUUCCAGCAACCAUCAGCGACGCACUAGAGCAUGCCUACUCGAACGCAGCAAUGACCGAUACGCACGCCUACAAGCAGAAGGUGCCAGGAUACUCACCGUCAGGAAACAGGUACUAUGUCAGACUGCACGCGCCGGAAGGCUCGGCCGCAAUAGAAAGCUGGCAUGCCCAAAAGGCAAAAGUGCCCGGCUACACGCAACCCUCAAACCAGUACUUUGCAACAAGACAGAGACUGGCAUGGCACCAGCCGACAAAGAGGUUUACCGCAUACGGCAUGAAGAUUCAGGGCGUAUCCGAGACUGCAAAAGCACAGACACAGCAGGCUCCACCUCCACCGCCAGAAGCAAGCGCUCCACCACCACAGCCCACACAGAAGGGCUCCAAGCAGAGCGAACUGGAGGCAUACGAAGCAGAAUACCUGAAGAAACUCGAGCUAGCAAAGCAGCAACGGGCCAAGGCAAGACAGCAACAGGCAGAACCAAAGCCCGCAGCAAAGCCAAAGGCCGGAGCACUCCCCAAGAGAACCAAGCCCGCCGAACCGCCAAAACCUGCUGCACCAAAACAGUCUAGUGGCAAACUACCAAAG